AUCUCAGUGUACCAGACCUAAAAACAAAGAAAGCAGUUAUGCGCAGAGAAAGCUGGGUGGUCAACAAAGAUAAAUGUCUUCUUUUUUUUUAAGAUGGGGGUAUCGUUCUGUUUAAAGAGGAGGAGGUCUCUCAACGAACGCAUGAACUCCAUGGCUUCCCGGUUCUCCAGCUUCCAGCUUCUCACUGGCUCACUGGUUAGAGGGAUGGGAAUGCGUUCAUGAGAGAUAGAGCCCCCCCGCCUUGAGAAUGGGCAGCUUCAGGCUUCUGCUGGAAUGUGAACAGGUCCAGACCUGACUUCCGCAAAAUACAGGAAGCUGAUCGCUAACCGUUGGCAGGCAGACACAGAACACUGUGGUGUUACGCCUCGGUGGUGAACUUAUAUACUUAAAAUAUAUAUAUAUAUAUAUACACACAGUAGAUACCUUGUUAUAUGUGACUUUCAAAUAGCUAAGCAAGAAGAUUCACAUCAAAGAUGGAAGACAUCGACGCCAUGUUCUCCGACCUCCUCGGGGAGAUGGAUGCCCUGACCCAGAGUCUCGACGCUGAGGUCCAGCCCCCGCAGCCCCCGCAGCCUCCGCCUGCCUCAUCCGAAGACAUGGACUUCUCCGUGGGUUUUACAGACCUCAAAGCAUCCCUGAACGAGCUGGAGGACAAUGACCUGGAUGCGCUGAUGGCUGACCUGGUGGCGGAGAUCAAUGCCGUGGAGGAGAGCGUGGCGCAGGCAAAGAGUGCUGGUGGGGCCCCUAAGCCACCCCCGCCAAAGACUCAAGACCAUGCAGCCCCUCACCCCGCUGUGCAGAACAACCUCGGCCCCAGCAUCCCGGCCUUUGCGCCCUCCCCGGAUUUAACCACCCUAUCUCCGGCACUCAAACCACAACUGCCGGAGGAUGCUGAGGCUCAGGCCAAAGCAGAUAAAAUAAAGCAGGCUCUGGAGAAGCUGAAGGAGGCCAAAGUGAAGAAGCUCGUCACUAAGGUCACCAUGAGCGAUGAAUCUUCCAAGACCUUGAUGGUGGACGAAAGGCAGAUGGUGCGAGAUGUGCUGGACAACCUCUUUGAGAAGACACACUGCAACUGCAGCGUGGACUGGACCCUGAUUGAGACCAACCCUGAGCUAAACACCGAAAGAGGAUUUGAAGACCAUGAACAUUUAGUGGAGACCUUGUCCGCAUGGACGAGAGACAGCGAAAACAAAAUCUAUUUCCUGGAGAAGGUUGACAAAUAUGCAGUCUUUAAAAACCCACAGAACUUCUACCUCUGGAAGAAAGACAAAAAAGCUCUCCAGGACGUGAAAGACAAAGACAAGGAGUUACUCCUGAAGGAGAAUUUCUGCGGGACCUCCAUUAUUGUACCAGACCUGGAGGGAGUCCUUUAUCUGAAGGAGGAUGGGAAGAAAUCGUGGAAGCAGCGAUACUUUCUGCUACGGGCAUCCGGAAUUUACUAUGUUCCAAAAGGGAAAACCAAGACUUCCCGUGACCUGGCGUGCUUCGUGCAGUUCGACAACGUCAACAUUUACUAUGGCAAGGAGUACAAGAACAAGUACAAGGCGCCCACGGACUUCUGCUUUGUCCUCAAGCACCCGCAGAUCCAGAAAGAAUCCCAGUACAUCAAGUACCUGUGCUGUGAUGAUGCAUGGACCAUGACGCUUUGGGUGACCGGCAUUCGCAUCGCUAAGUACGGGGUGAAGCUGUACGAUAAUUACAAGGCCGCUGUUUCGAAAGCAACAACGUCGUCCCUCUUCGCUAACCGUGCAGCCCCCUCCACCUCCACGUCCUCUGCUGCCCCGGCUGCUAAGACCCCGGCUCAGGCCAACGGACACGCAGGGCCGCCCCCCCUCGCCACGGCGUUCUCUGAAGCCUGGACCCAGGCUGAGAAUAAGGAUCACAGUGACCUGUCUUCCCUGCCACUGCCACCUCCGGACCCCACCCUACCACCGCCACCGCCCCCACCGGCUCUGCCCAAGAAAGACAAACUUACCAUACAGCCGCAGUCCGGAAACUUCCCCCCACCGCCACCACCAACCAUGGACUUUCCGCCCCCACCUCCAGACCACCUGCUUGAGCUGCCCCCCGACUUCCUGCCACCGCCUCCUCCGGCCCCUGGUGAACAGGAAUCCCAUACUCUCCCACCCCCUCCGCCACCCCCUCCCCCACCCCCACCCGCACCCGCAGUGGUGCCAAAUCCAGCUCCUGCACCAAAGAAGAUGAGCCCUGCUCCCCCACAGAGGAUGACCCCUGUUGCCACAGCGCCCGCCGGUGAAGACUUAAUGUCAGAACUGAUGCUAGCGAUGCAGAAGAAGCGAAAACCCCUAUAAAGGAGGUCAGGAUGUUCAGGGUCUGGGAAAUAUAUUUAUACAUAUUUUAAUACAACAUGAUAAUUAGCAUGUAUCAUUUUUAAAAAGGAAAACGCAGAAAACUGAAAAUAAAAUGUAACAUUUAAAUCAUACACAGUUCAUUAAAUUACCAUACAUCUGUUAACAUAACUCGGACAGUCAUUGUAUAUACAUUUUGAAGACAAUAUUCCAAGUAAAGACACUCAGUCAAUUUGCUUUCCUGGAUGUGAACGAUCCACUACAUCUGUGCCAGGCGAAAAAACUCACUCCAUCAGGCUGAAGUCGAAUGACCACUAAACAACCAGCAUCAUCAGUCUAUGGGCCAAAUACAUCCGCUGACCCCAAGGUCAGUGGGGAAGAAAAGGUUCAUCAACAGCCAAUCAGAUCUCUAUGGGAAGAACAGCUGACGAUUCAGUUUAUAAUGAACAAUGUGUGCCAGUAAUCCAAAUCUUUAAAAACUCAACAAAGGACUGAAGUCUACUAAUAAUAACCACCCCCCCAGCCUUACCUCCCUCUUUCUUACCCCUCCCAUCAUAUAGCUGGGCUGAGCGCACAGGCUCAUCGCCAACCAUGAGUAUACAGACCAAAACAAAACAUUUUUCAUGGUCUGUGUUUCAUCACAAUGAUAACCAUAGGCAGUUUUGUCUCCCGAUUUCCGACUGGACCGUAUAAACCCGCUGCGCUUGGCCCUCUUUCUGCUGGAGCAAUAACACCCUUCACAAGCUGUAAGUACUGUUUCAACAGCUGGAGGUGCUUUCCUGAUGUCAUCUUCCGUAACCUGAUGUCACCACUGUUGAUUUACUGAUAUCCCACUUUUCACUCCCCCUUGACUAUAAUUUCAAAUCGACUUUGCAGCAGAACCAUCCAGACUUACUGCUCUCACUGAUCCAGGCAUUAUUUCCAGUCUGUAGUUAAUUAAUCACAAAAAUAUCCAUAUUCGCUGCAUCUUGUCUAGGACAGAUUAUAAACGAUAGACUGGUGUUAUAACUGUCCAAUACAGAUUCAAAGAUAUAUUGCAGAAUGCAUAUUAAGUUGAAAAAUAUUGAGACCAGAGUUUAAAGCACAUGUUUAAGCUGUACAGUAUAACAUAUUGGUGACAUUGCUUAGCAGGUUGUGGAAAUAGCCCUCCAGGAUAACCAGACUGCUGUGUCUUUACAUGUAUAUGUAAGGGUUUGCCUUGGUCAGUAAAAUACAUUAAAUACAUUAAUACAUUAAAACAAAAUAAUAAUAA